UUAGAAAAAAAUAACAUGUCUCUUAUCACUGCAGAUGAGCAACGCCCUACCCAGAAACGUAGAAUCUGUCGACUACCGGAAGAGCCAGCGGAAGAGCAGCAAUGCAAUUUGAACUGUACCUUCAAAACUACAUUCCCUUCCCAGUUCGAGCUGCACUUGGCCCGGGUGCAUCCGGAAGCGGCGGAAAUACUCUCCUGCCAUCGGGUGGCAUGCGAGGGCGAACUAUGUGAUUCGGUUGACCUGCUGAGGCAGCACAAGAACGACGUCCACAGUACGCACAUCUGCAUGGUAUGCGGCAAGGUGACGAAACAUCUGAUAGCGCUGGAAAAUCAUAUGCGAAGUCACGAACGCCAGCGGGAACCUACGGUGCAGUGUUCGAUGUGUGACGAGAUGUUCCGCAGCGAGCUGGAGCAGCAACGGCACGCCACCAAGGUCCACAUGGGACGAAGUUUGUUCGAGUGCCACGAGUGUGGACUUGGUUUUAAACAAAAACUAUUGCUAACGCAACACCUAUCAACGCAUUCCACCGAGCGUCGAUAUCUGUGCGAUCAAUGCGACCUUGCGUUCAAAACCUCCAACCAUCUCAAGCGGCACAUACGUACGGUGCACACCGAGGUUCGAUAUCCUUGCGCGCAUUGUCCCAUGACCUACGGGCGGAGGGAUAAACUGCGGAUGCACAUAGAACGAGUUCACGAUAUUCAAACUUACUUCGUGUGCGACAUUUGCUGUGCGUCAUUCGAGUCGGACGAUAAACUUCAGGAGCACAAGGUUCGCCAUGAGAACGCUCAGGAUUUGGAGUGUGGCAUCUGUUUGAAUGCUUUUGCAGCACCGGAGGACUUCAACGAACAUCAAUGCAUCACGUAUCAGGACGAUUACAUUUGCUGCGAUCGUGACUUCCGGUAUCAUUCGUUCUACAAUCGACACAUGUUCCUGGCGCACGGGAUGAGCACCAAUGCUCGCGUGAAACCUAAAUCCGGCGUCCUGAUGGGGAAGCAGCGUGCUCUAAGGAAGCCGGUCGAACGGUGCACCAAAUGUGACUACGUCUUCGCCACGCGCAAGCUCAAAAAGCAGCACAUGGAAACCUGCCAAGGACAGGUGGUCAUUUUCGAAAUCGAACCCGUACCUGAGGCUACAGCUGCUGCAGCUGUUGUGUCCGAAGUUUAG